CUCAUUUGUGUGCUUUCUGAGUCAGCAUUAGCUACAUUUUCCAGAGGGCCAUCCACAAAAUACAGCCUGGGCAUUCAAGAGACGUCACUCAUUUCCCCCAGUGACCUUGACAAGUCAGAAGCCUGAAAGCAGGGAAAUCCGGAUGUCUCAGUUAUGAAGUGGAGCAGUGAGUGUGAGCCGCAACGUAGUUCCAGAACCCUCCAUCCAGACUAGUGAUUGAGCAUCUGCCUCUCAUACCACCGGUAGCCAUCCGAGGUGCUUCUCUGACUCUGAAGGCAUGGUAGGCACGAUGGCCAGGUGCUUCAGCCUGCUGUUGCUUCUUGCUUCCAUCUGGACCCCGAAGCUCCUGGUCCAAGGCUCUUUGCGUACAGAAGAGCUUUCCAUCCAGGUGUCAUGCAGAAUUAUGGGGAUCACCCUUGUGAACAAAAAGGCAAACCCGCAGCUGAAUUUCACAGAAGCUAAGGAGGCCUGUAGGCUGCUGGGACUAACUUCGGCCAGCAAGGACCAGGUUGAAACAGCCUGGAAGGCUGGCUUUGAGACUUGCAGCUAUGGCUGGGUUGGAGAUGGAUUCGUGGUCAUCUCUAGGAUUAUCCCAAACCCCAAGUGUGGGAAAAAUGGGAUGGGUGUCCUGAUUUGGAAAGUUCCAGUGAGCCGACAGUUUGCAGCCUAUUGUUACAACUCAUCUGAUACUUGGACUAACUCAUGCACUCCAGAAAUUAUCACCACCAAAGAUCCCAUAUUCAACACUCAAACUGCAACACAAACAGAAUUUAUUGCCAGUGACAGUACCUAUUCAGUGGCGUCCCCUCACACUACAACACCUGCCCUUACUACUACUCCUGCUCCAGCUUCUACUUCUAUUCCGCGGAGAAAAAAACUGAUUUGCAUCACAGAAGUCUUUAUGGACACUACCACCAUAUCUACAGAAGCUCAACCAUCUGUUGAAAAUAAAGCAGCAUUCAAGAAUGAAGCUGUUGGGUUUGGAGGUGUCCCCACAGCUCUGCUGGUGCUUGCUCUCCUCUUCUUUGGUGCUGCAGCUGGUCUCGGAUAUUGCUAUGUCAAAAGGUAUAUGAAUGCCUUCCCUUUUACAAACAAGAAUCAGCAGAAGGAAAUGAUUGAAACCAAAGUAGUAAAAGAGGAGAAGGCUGAUGAUAGCAACACUAAUGAAGAAUCAAAGAAAACUGAUAAAAACCCAGAAGAGCCCAAGAGUCCAAGCAAAACUACUAUGCGAUACCUGGAAGCUGAAGUUUAGAUGAGAUGGAAAUAAGGAGACACACCUGAGGCCGGUUUCUUUCAUUACCUUAUCCUGGCCCCAGCUGGGGAAAUAAAAAGGACCAAAGAACCAAAGAAGAAAGUCCACCCUUGGUUCCUACCUGGAAUCAGCUCAGGACUGCCUUUGGACUAUGGAGCACACCAAAGAGAACGCUCUUCUUACUGCAAUCCUGUCUGGAUUCUAUCCUCCUACCUCCAACACUUCCCACAGCCUUUCUAGCCUAUGUCCCGAUAAUAUCCCAUGGGAGAAAGGAUUUUUGCAAAGCGCAAGGAUCUAAAACAUCUCAUCAGUAUCCAGUGGUAAAAAGACCUCUGGGCUGCCUGAGGCUAGGUGGGUUGAAAGCCAAGCAGUCACUGAGACCAAGGCUUCGUCUGCCGAUUCCACAGCUCAGAAUCUUUCUUCAGCUCUGAAAGACAAACACGUGUUCCACCUGACAUGUCCUUCUGAGCCCGGUAAGAGCAAAAGAAUGACAGAAAAAUUUAGCAACUGAAGGCCACGGAGAUUCUCAUGACUUGAGACCUAAUCCCUGUAAAGCCAAAAUAAAAAAGUAAGUAGAACAAGACUGAGGAUACCGACAGCACACUGUCAGCAGGGACUGUAAACACAGACAGGGUCGAAGUAUUCUCUGAACACACCGAGUUGGAAUCACUGUUUAGAACACACACACUUUUUCUAGUCGCUACCACUGCUGAUAUUUUCUCUAGGAAAUAUACUUUGAUAAGUAACAAAAAUAAAUACUCUUAUAAAGUUCUAUUUUUAUCUGAGUUACAGAAAUGACCUCUUACUGAGGAAAAUCAGUAAUUUGUUUCAAAAGUAAUAAAAUUCAACAAACAUUUACUGAAUAGCUACUAUAUGUUAGGUGCUGUGCAAGGUAUUACACUUUGUAAUUGAAUAUUAGUCAUCAAAAAAUUGCAUAUAGUAGAAUGUUAUCUGGGAAGCUGUAUUUUUUCAGUUUUGAUAUCCCUAGCUUAUCUAAUUCCAAACUAAUUUUUAUUUGUGCUGAGAUUAAUCUUAAUUCACUUUCUCUAAUAUGGCAACCAUUAUAACCUUAAUUUAUUAUUAACAUACUUAAGAAGUACAUUGUUACCUCUAUAUACCACAGCACAUUUUUAAAGUGCCAUUAACAAAUGUAUCACUAGCUCUCUUUUUUCCAGCAAGAAGGGCCUGAGAGAUGCAGAAAUAUUUGUGACAAAGAAUUAAAGCAUUUAGAAAACUUCUUUGCUCUCUUAUUUACAUAGAUGUAUUAUAUCUUUUGUGUAAAAUUAAACUGAGGACCAGAUCAUA